AGGUAAUUGAGCGACCAACAGUGGUGAUGUAGACUAGCUAUCCGUCCCGCCUUCGCUCAAAUGUUAAAAUUCUUAAAACAAAAAAAAAAAUCCGUAAUUCAACGAACUUUAUUAUAUUGUAAACUCAAUAAAGCUGAAACGGAUUAGUGUUUAAUAACAUGUGCUGUGCUGAUAUUAGCCGCGGGCGCAGGUCAUCCCAUCGGCUUUUCAGCGGUCGCCCUUCCACAGUUACGAACAGAAAACUCCACUAUGAGAAUUGACGAUGAAAUGGGCUCUUGGAUUGCAAGUAUUCACUCGGCGGCCACACCACUCGGCUCCAUGUUGUCAGGGCCGAUUAUGGAGGCGAUAGGACGGCGGCGGACCCUGCAGGUUUCCACGCUGCCGCUCGUGGUCGGCUGGAUACUCAUCGGCACGGCCUCGCACCACGCGCUGCUGUUGCUGGGGAGGACCGUGUGCGGAUUCGCGGUCGGCAUUCUUGCGGCACCUUCACAAGUGUACUUAGGAGAGAUCUCAGAGCCUCGUUUAAGAGGUUUACUCAUAGGAACACCGUUCGUAGCGUAUUCCUUAGGCGUACUUUACGUAUAUGCUCUCGGAGGAGCAAUGUCAUGGCGGUCAGUGGCACACUUGUCCAUAGUGCUACCGACGUUAGCAUUUGCAGCUCUAUGCUUCUCACCAGAAAGUCCAACUUGGCUUGCACGGCGAGGACGUUUCCACGAAGCUAUGGCAGCUAUGUCGAGGUUGCGAGGAGAUCCUGAUAAUGUGAGUUGGCGUUGUUUUUUAAUUUGAACUUAAAUUGGCUUUAAAUACGACUGAUUUUAGCUCGUAACUAAAGUUAGAUAUUAAAGCUACCUUUAGUCUUUUUUUAUGAAACGGUAGGUCCCGCUUUAUAAAAAUCAAGUUAGGUAGCUAGUA